UCAAGUCAGUGUGGCCAUGAAGGGGCUGCCUAUUGGGCUGAUGCUGUGACCCUGGAGUCUGCCUUUCCUGCAAGUCCCCCUGCCCAGAACAUGUGUCUACAGCUUGGCCCGCCUUCGCUGUCCCUGAGCCCCAAGCCCACAGUCGGCUGGAGCCUGUGCCUCACCCUGUGGUUCCUCAGUUUGGUGCUGAGGGCCAGUACGCAGGCCCCAGCACCCACAGUCAACACUCACUUUGGGAAGUUAAGGGGUACCCGGGUACCAUUACCCAGUGAAAUCCUGGGACCUGUGGACCAAUACCUGGGGGUGCCCUACGCAGCUCCCCCAAUCGGCGAGAAACGUUUCCUGCCCCCUGAACCACCCCCAUCCUGGUCGGGCAUCCGGAACGCCACACACUUUCCCCCAGUGUGCCCCCAGAACAUCCACACAGCUGUGCCCGAAGUCAUGCUGCCCGUCUGGUUCACUGCCAACUUGGAUAUCGUCACUACUUACAUCCAGGAGCCCAGCGAAGAUUGCCUCUACCUGAAUGUCUAUGUGCCCACAGAGGAUGUAAAGCGGAUUUCCAAGGAAUGCACCCGAAAGCCCAACAAGAAAAUUUGUAGGAAAGGAGGAUCCGGCGCUAAGAAACAGGGCGAGGACUUAGCGGAUAAUGACGGGGAUGAAGAUGAAGACAUCCGGGACAGUGGUGCUAAGCCUGUCAUGGUCUACAUCCACGGAGGGUCUUACAUGGAAGGGACUGGCAACAUGAUUGAUGGCAGCGUCCUUGCCAGUUAUGGCAACGUCAUCAUCAUCACCCUCAACUAUCGGGUUGGGGUGCUAGGUUUUCUAAGCACUGGCGAUCAGGCUGCCAAGGGCAACUAUGGGCUCCUUGACCAAAUCCAGGCCCUCCGCUGGGUGAGUGAGAAUAUUGCCUUCUUCGGUGGUGAUCCCCGCCGAAUCACCGUCUUUGGCUCAGGCAUUGGCGCGUCCUGUGUCAGCCUCCUGACGCUGUCACAUCACUCUGAGGGGCUUUUCCAGAGGGCCAUCAUCCAAAGUGGCUCUGCUCUGUCCAGCUGGGCUGUGAACUACCAGCCAGUGAAGUAUACCAGCCUGCUGGCAGACAAGGUGGGCUGCAACGUGCUGGACACAGUGGACAUGGUGGAUUGUCUUCGGCAGAAGAGUGCCAAGGAGUUGGUAGAGCAGGACAUCCAGCCAGCCCGCUAUCAUGUGGCCUUUGGCCCUGUGAUUGAUGGUGAUGUCAUUCCUGAUGACCCUGAGAUUCUCAUGGAACAGGGCGAGUUCCUCAACUACGACAUCAUGCUAGGUGUCAACCAGGGUGAGGGGCUCAAGUUCGUGGAAGGGGUGGUGGACCCUGAAGAUGGGGUCUCCGGCACUGACUUUGACUACUCAGUCUCCAACUUUGUGGACAAUCUGUAUGGCUAUCCCGAGGGUAAGGACACCUUGCGGGAGACCAUCAAGUUCAUGUACACAGACUGGGCAGACCGUGACAACCCUGAGACCCGCCGUAAAACACUGGUGGCACUCUUUACUGACCACCAAUGGGUGGAGCCUUCGGUGGUGACAGCUGAUCUACAUGCCCGCUAUGGUUCACCUACCUACUUCUACGCCUUCUACCAUCACUGCCAGAGUCUCAUGAAGCCUGCUUGGUCAGAUGCAGCUCAUGGGGACGAAGUACCUUAUGUUUUCGGCAUCCCUAUGGUAGGCCCCACAGACCUCUUCCCUUGCAACUUCUCCAAAAAUGAUGUUAUGCUCAGUGCUGUCGUCAUGACUUAUUGGACCAACUUUGCCAAGACCGGGGAUCCCAACAAGCCGGUCCCCCAGGACACCAAGUUCAUUCACACCAAGGCCAACCGCUUUGAGGAAGUGGCCUGGUCCAAAUACAACCCCCGAGACCAACUCUACCUUCACAUCGGUCUGAAACCAAGGGUCCGUGAUCAUUACCGGGCCACUAAGGUGGCCUUUUGGAAACACCUGGUUCCCCACCUAUACAACCUGCAUGACAUGUUCCACUAUACGUCCACAACCACCAAAGUGCCGCCCCCGGAUACCACCCACAGCUCCCACAUCACCCGCAGGCCCAACGGCAAGACCUGGAGCACCAAGCGGCCAGCCAUCUCCCCUGCCUCCGGCAGCGAGAAUGUCCAGGGGUCCUGGAAUGGGGACCAGGAUGCAGGGCCACUCCUCGUGGAGAACCCUCGUGACUACUCAACCGAAUUAAGUGUCACCAUUGCCGUGGGGGCCUCCCUCCUGUUCCUUAAUGUUCUGGCCUUUGCUGCCCUCUACUACCGCAAGGACAAACGGCGUCAGGAGCCCCUGCGGCAGCCUAGCCCUCAGAGGGGAGCCGGGGCCCCUGAACUGGGAGCUGCUCCUGAGGAGGAGCUGGCAGCACUGCAGCUGGGCCCCAGCCACCAUGAGUGUGAGGCUGGCCCCCCCCAUGACACUCUGCACCUCACUGCGCUGCCCGACUACACGCUGACCCUGCGGCGCUCCCCGGAUGACAUCCCCCUCAUGACUCCCAACACCAUCACUAUGAUCCCCAACUCCCUGGUGGGGCUGCAAACACUGCAUCCCUAUAACACCUUUGCCGCAGGGUUCAAUAGUACUGGGCUGCCCCACUCACACUCCACUACCCGGGUAUAGCUCCAGCCCGGAGCACAGCCUAUCUCUUGGCUCCCUCCGUCCUAAAUCCACGCACACACAUGCACACACGGAUGCACACAAAGACAUGCACAGACAUAUAUGUAUAUGCACGCACCCACAGCCGACAGCAGACCCACCUGCACAAACAGACAGAUGUGGGCAUGUGCCCGCAUGUAUAAAACCACAAACAAGGAAGCGAACCUGAGCAAACCCUUCAAAUGGGGAUGCAAAUGAGUCCUGGGGAAACUGAGGACCCACAGACAAGCAGCUGAAACCAGCUCCCUGAACCUGACCACAGACACUCCUGGGAGCCUGAAAGCACCAGCUGGACACCCCCAUGGUGCUCGCCUUCUGCCUCUUUUGGAACUGCACCACCAACCAACUCCAGACUUGGGAGCUUUAAAGAGCAGAGUAGCUCUUUCUCCCCCAGACUUGGUCUUUUUUCUGGGUCUUGUUUUUGUUGAUUUUUAAACAAAAAUUUUGGAACAAAUGUCUCUCCAACCCGUGAAUCCAAAGAGGCUCCAGAAGAGAGGGCUCCAGGCCCAGGUCCUUCUGGCUCACCUAAUCCAACCAAGGAACAUGACCUUCGGGAAAGAAACAGAUUCAAGCGGGACCAUGGGGUGGAAGCAGGAAGGGGCUACUGCUGGGUAGGGCCAGAGGGCUGGAGAGGAGAACUCUCCAGCCAUCUCUGUGUCCCUGUGGAGAGCUGCAGAGACCACAGGGUGACCUGCUUCCCACCCGAAGGCCAGGAGCAUUGGCCCGACUAGACCAGGGGACCUUAGAUUUGGCAAAUGAGGUUCUGUGGAGGCCGUGUCAUUAGCGGGCCCCCUGGGUAUUAUCUGGGUUCUGCCUCUGCUCUUGGGGUAAUGCUACCCAAAAUUUGCCCCAUUUUCUUUACAGAGUCUCUUUUGUGUCUGUCCUUUCUCUUUCAAAAAGGCAGUGAUUUUGUUGGCUUUUUUUUUUAAAGAAAAGUUCUUAAAACACUAA